AUGAACCAAACCGCCACAGUAUCGCAUCAAGUUAAAUGCCAGUCAACAAAGACCAUCAAGGACCUUGGUGGGGUGAGUCCACCUCAAAGGAAUUGGAAGGGCAUUGCAAUUGCCUUACUGGUCAUCCUCGUAGUCUGCUCCCUCAUCACCAUGUCAGUCAUCGUCCUCACACCAGCUGACAACCAAGCUGGAAGUGACACCAAACUGACUGUGGAGGAUCUCUUUAAACCAGAGUUCAAGGUCCAUGACCCAAAGGCUAAUUGGAUCAAUGAUUCCGAAGUCAUUUACAGGAACAGUGAUGGCCAUGUCAUCAAGUUCAACAUCCUCUCAAACGAAACAGAGAUUGUCGUGUCAAACACAACAUUUAUAAAUUUCAAUGUGGCCAAGUAUUCUGUGUCCCCUGAUUUGAAGUACGUGCUUUUUGCCUAUGAUGUCAAACAGGUUUACAGACAUUCAUACAUGGCUUCCUAUAGCAUCUAUAAUAUUCACACCAGGGAGGUUUGGGAGCUGGACCCUCCAGAGGUGGUCAACUCAGUCCUGCAGUACGCGGCAUGGGGAGUGCAAGGCCAGCAGUUGAUCUACAUUUUUGAAAAUAACAUCUACUAUCAGUCGGAUGUUAAAAGUAAUUCACUUAGGCUGACAUCCUCAGGAAAGGACGGGGUCAUAUUUAAUGGGAUUGCUGACUGGCUUUAUGAAGAGGAAAUUCUUCAGUCCCAUGUGGCACAUUGGUGGUCACCAGAUGGAGAGAGAUUGGCCUUCCUAGUCCUUAAUGACAGUCAGGUUCCCAACAUGGCUUUGCCUCGAUUCACAGGCAUGACCUACCCCAAAGGAAAACAGUAUCCAUACCCCAAAGCUGGCCAACCUAAUCCAGUGGUGAAGCUUUUUGUCGUCAAUCUUUACGGACCGACGCACACGCUGGAGCUCAUGCCGCCAGACAGUCUUAAACUACGGGACCAUUAUGUGACGAUGGUGAAAUGGAUCAGUAAGACCCACACAUCUGUCAGAUGGUUAAACCGAGCCCAGAAUAUCUCCAUUCUAACAGUGUGUGACACCACUACAGGAGCCUGUGUCACGAGACAUGAAGAAAACUCUGAACUCUGGCUCUCCAAACAGAACCAAGAGCCAGUGUUCUCUAAAGACAACAAAAGAUUCUUCCUGACUGUUCCAGUUAAACAAGGAGGUCGUGGAGAGUUUCAUCAUAUCGCUAUGUUCACCACUCAGUUUAGAACGGAUGAAAAUGAAGUCCGUCAUCUAACAUCAGGCAACUGGGAGGUGACGAAGAUCCUUGGCUAUGAUGAAAAAACUGACAACCUUUACUUUCUCAGUACGGAGGGUUCACCACGAAGACGGCAACUUUACAGUGUGAAAACUGUAGGACUGUUCCCACGACGGUGUUUAACAUGCGACCUAAACAAGGCACAUUGUUUGUACUUUGAUGCUGUCCUAAGCCCCACGCACCAGCACAUUAUCCUCCACUGUAAAGGUCCUGGAACGCCUAUGGUGAUCCUACACAGCCUCAAUAGUUCAAAUUACUAUAUUCUUGAGAACAACUCCUUACUGAAGGCAGCCUUGAGCUAUAAAAGGAUCCAGCUGACCGACUUCAAGAGCGUUUCAGUCGGACAUUUCGAUUUACCUCUGAAAAUCUCAUAUCCACCUGACUUCUCGGAAUCACGUCACUAUGGGCUUCUCCUGGUAAUUGAUAGCUUCCCUGGUGGUCAAGCAGUAAGUGACCGCUUUGCUCUCAGCUGGGACUCAGUGCUGGUCAGCUCAGACAACGUUAUUGUGGCUCGUCUCGAUGGGCGGGGGAGCGGCUUCCAAGGUCAGAGGGUCCUGCAUGAGGUUCACCAGAGACUGGGCACAGUGGAUGUUCAGGACCAAAUAACUGCGGUGGACUACAUGAUGACCUUCCCAUUUAUUGAUAAGACUCGAAUAGCACUUUUUGGAAAGGGUUAUGGAGCCUACAUUGCAUUAAUGCUACUGAAGUCUACAGAUAGUGUCUUCAAAUGUGCAUGUGCAAUGUCACCUAUGACAGAUUUGAAACUUUAUGCAUCAGCCUUCUCGGAGCGAUACCUUGGCACGCUUCUACGAGAUGAUAGCAAAUACCAGUUCUCCAGUGUGCUGCAGAAUGUUCACGCACUAAGAGAGCAGACCCUGAUGCUGGUACACGGCACAGCAGAUGCCAACAUCCACUUUCAACACACUGCUGAGCUUGUCAAGAACCUUGUGAAAGUUGGAGCAAACUACUCAAUGCAGCUCUAUCCGGACGAGGGUCAUUUCCUGUCACAUCAAAGCAACCAGCACCUGUACACCACUCUUACUAGCUUCUACAGGGAGUGUCUGAAGGAGGAGUUACUGCCACUAAAUGAUGAUGAAGAUGAAGAGGAGGAGUAG